GUUAGAUAUAUGUUUAAUAGGAACGCGAAAGACCUCUCGCACAUAGCUAAACGCGGUUUCGUUUAAAUUUUGUUGACAUUUGGUUCUGUUCAUUUUAACGUUAAUUUACCGGAAUUGUGUUCCUCAAUCGAAAUAGCGGUACAAUAUGACUAAAAGAAAUAUUAUGAAAAUCAUAUGCAGUCUUGUGUACAUUACUAUUACGAUCGUUAACGCAGCCCAUCUGAUGAAAUUGCGUAAGUAAUUAUAAUUAUAAUUAUUAUUAUUAUUAUUAUACUGUGCCUAUACAAUUUUUAGGAUUCGAUAUUAUUGUUAUUUAUACCGAACCAGUGCACUGCGCCACUGCACGUCUUUAUGUACAUUAUUUUAUUCGAGCGGUGUAGUUAUUAAUUAUACUUAAUACUAAAAAUUCAUAUUGUAUCCGUCUACCAAUCGGGUAAUAUGGUAAUUAUAAGUUUUGGACCAUCUAAUAUCACUCAGGUCUCGAAUUCCUUGUAUGGAUUUAAUUUUAGAGCCACGAAUCAACACUAGAAGUUUUAUUAAAUGUGAAUUUUUUUUUUUCAAACCGAUUUUGUUUAAAUUUUAAAAUUUACCUUUUUGUUUUAAAAUUUACCCCGAACAUAGAGACUUUUAUACAGUGUUGUGUCUGAUAUAUUAUAAAAUAUUACAUCUAUCUAUUUGCCUCUACUUUUAGACACUUUUAACGACAUUUUUUAGAUCAGAUCAGUUUAAAUUCAGUAAUUAAAGUUGUUUUUUAAGCUGAUAUUAGUGAUAUAUUUUAAAUUGGAUUUCAAUAUGAAUUUAUUGAUGAUUUUUGGGUGAGAUAUUUUGGUUUUAAUAUGAUGUGGGUUUUAGUUUUUUUGUCUGAGAACAAAUUUUCUAAGUAAAAAUCUUGCUUUACUCGAACAAUGACAUGAAAUCAAUUUUGUUUCUUUUAAAAUCAAGCCAUUAAAAAAUGAAGUCGUUUUUUGAUAUCUUAAGCAGUUUUCAUGAUACGUUGUUGGGAAAAAUCAAAAAAGACGAAAAUUACGAUAAAAAUAUUACGAAAAUAUUAAUAUCUAAAAUAUUUUUAAUAAUAAUUAGGAAAAAUCAAAAAGGCAAAAAAUACAAUAUUUGUUUUUAAAUUACGGCAAAAUGAUUAAAAUCACUAUUUCAAUGCAUACAGUUUAUGUUUUCUAUCAUAAAUAUUGCUCAAAUAGAAAAACAUCAAGAUAACUUUUUUGUUGAAUUUUUAAUCUUGUGGCUAAUAAUAAGGUUAGUUUUUAGAUAUGCUAUGUAGUUUUUUUAAUAUUUGAGCAAUACCAAAAAUUGAAAAAUUGAACGGGUAAAUUCACGAAAAUAAUUCUUUCAUUUUUAUUUUUUUUUUUUUUAUAAAUAGAAUUCAGUUGAAAAUAUUUGUAAAGACGUGACAUUUUGACAGAAAUCUCACAUUCGCUUUUAUAGACGUGGUAAUAUGUUAUUCAGUUUAGAAAUAAGAAUGUUAUCGUUGACUUUCCGUAGUUUUCUAAAUAAUCACGAAAAACCGAAAAAACGGUAAAAUGUGGUUUUUUUUUUAUUUUUAUUAGUUAAAAAUUAUUUAAUAGAUCAGUAGUUUUCACAAAAUACUUAUAUUGGUCUUUUGUCGAUUUUGUAUUUUGUGAAUAUCAAGUUCUAAACUUUUUUGGACUCAAAUUUUGUUUGGGUAAUUUUGGGACCACAAGAAAACAAUUUACAGUCUUAAUUCGAAAAAAAAAAUUACAAUAUCAAAACAAUAAUGUAUAUAUAGCAUAUAUGUAUAAAAAGGAAUCGUGGUUACAGAUUUUUGAUAGUUGAAAAUAUGAUAAAAAAAAUCCUAUGAUGGAACUUGUAUUAGUUGUAUUGAUUAUGUUAUUUGUGAAGUAUUUACUGUAAUAUUAUGUGUUAUUAGUGACUUAAAAUUUUACUAUUUACAAAUCUUAUAAUAAAAAUCUGAUUGAUACAAUAUUAGUUUUUUUACUGUUUGAUUUCUGAACAUGGAUAUAAACGUUUUCAUUAAAAUAGAUGAAUUCGAAAUCCUAAAAUUGAUUAGCUUUCAUAAAUUCGUAUAAGGCUUACUAGAUAUAUUCGUAAACAACAUAUUUUAUUAAGUAUUUAAUAUCAUUUAGUCAUUAUUAAAACCAAAUCGCAAAAUAAAAAUGUUUCAAAAUGUAAUUUUCAUUAAUAAUAUUCAUCGGAAAAAAUAUCAAAUAUUUAUACAAAAUUAAUAGGUAUUGUUGAAAUUAUUUUAAUUUUACAUUAUUGCCUAACAUAAUUACGUUCGUUAUUACAGCACAAGGUUUUAUACAGUGUAAGAAGAGUGAUCCUAAAUUCGAUGAAUGUCUAACCAAUGCGUUUCAAAAAUCUAUACCUCAUCUGGCAAAAGGUAAUAAUAAAAAAAUACAAAUUUUUGUUCAGUUUAUUAACAUAAAAUUUAUUUAAUUAAUAUUUUAUUAAUUAACACUUAUUAUCUAUUUAUAGGUAUUCCGAGCUUAACAAUGUACAAAUUAGAUCCGUUCAGAAUCUCAGAAUUGCAAAUAGACCAAGGCGAAGGACCGGUUAGUAUCAAAUUGAACUUUAAAGAGUUAGAUAUCCAUAACUUAAGAAAUUUGCAUGUGAAAAAAGUUCAGUAAGUACCCUAUUAAUAUAGUUUCAAGUUACCUAAUACAUUUUUUUUACAUUUUGUAAAUAUUUAUAUUUAACUAUGACACAAAUAAUAUAGUUAUGAUCCAGUUAACUUUAAUGCAGAUCUCGAGUUUCAAAUUUCAAUUCCUAUAACAUUAGAUGGAGAUUAUGACAUAACCGGAAAAGUCCUUGUCCUUCCGAUUGUUGGAAAAGGAAAAUCCAAAAUCGAUAUAUGUAAAAACUUUUUUUAUUCUAAGUUAACUAGGUAUAACAGUUAAAAUACGUCAAAUAACAUAAUUGUUUGUUAACCUAUUUUAUUUAGUUAUGUCAAAUAUUACUGCCAAAGUCCAAUUUAAACCAAUAGUCAAAAACGGAAAUACGUAUCUGGACAUGACUAAAUUUGAUUGGAAAUUCGUAGUGAAAAAUAUGAAUAUUAAAUUGACGAAUUUAUUCAACGGUGACAAAGCUUUAGGUAUUUUAUAAAUAUUACGCAUAAUAAUAUCAAAACUAUUAAGUAGAACUAUUGGCAAUUGCAAUAAUAAUUCGUUUUCUUAAUUGAGUAUUUUGGUACAUUGUAGAUACCGUCGUAUUGUGUUUUCGAACAUCAUACUUCCUGUAAUACAAUGCGAUUUUCAAACAAAUAAAAAUAUUGAAUACCUAUACCUAAUAAAUAUAAGGACUUUUUUAAAGUCGGGUAGACCAUUUUGAUUAAAAGUAUUUGCAAUCCAGUUGAAGUAGUAUAAUAAUCAUUGAAAUUCAUGGUAGCUAAAUCGCAUAAUCCCGAUUAAAAUUAUUAGUUUUUCAUUGAUUUCCCUUUUAAAUCGAAUUAAUAAGACCCCCCCAUACUCUAUUAUUUUAUUGAAUAUUCAUGGUUUAGUAAAAUUCAUAUUAAAAUAAAUAAUUGUUUCCAUUUUUUUUUUUUUAAAUAAUUAACUAAUUACAUUAUAACUAAAUUAAUUUUGUUAACCAAAAUAAAUAAAGUUAUUUAUUCGUUAUCUAUUUGUUUAUUGCAGGGGACAAUAUGAAUUUGUUCUUAAACGAGAAUUGGAGAGAUGUUUUAAAUGAAUUACUUCCUUCUAUCGAAAAAGUUUUUGGCAUUGCUUUCAAAGAUGCUGGUCAACAGUUUUUCAAAAAUAUUCCUGAAAAUCAAAUAUUUUAUGCUUAAAUUCGUUUUUCAAAUUUUAUUAAAUAAUUAUUGUGUGUUCUAAAUUUCUAAGUUAAUAUUAUUUAAAAAUCAUUAAAUGUUUGAACUUUAGAAUUGUUAUUAUGAGCAAACAAUUAUUAAGUUUUUUGAAUAAUAUUUAGAUAAGUUUGAUUAAUACAAAUAUCGAAAUAUUUUGAACUAAUUAUAUGUAUAUUUCGAAAUUAUAGGUUAAAAAUUAAAAACUGAAAUUUAUUAAUAUUAUUCAAUAAAAAAAAUAGGUGAAAUAACGUGAAACUUUUUUUCUUAAGCCUGCGUAAACAUUCUAUCAAAUUAUUAAGCAUUCCUGUUUAGUCCAACAAUUUUAUCCACAUAAUACCUACAAAAUAAAAAUUACGUAAACAGCUUACAAA